AUGGAUAGUGAUAUAAAAAAUUCGGAGGAAGAUAUUGGGUGUCUAACUAAUGAAACAGAAAAUGAUAUAUUACGUAGUAAAAUUGGGAAAAAAAUAGACAAAGAAAAUAAUGAUGAAAAUGAAAAAAGUGAAGAUAUAAAAAAAAAAAUGAGUAUUAUUGAAAUACAUAAAUUUAUUAAUAGAUUAAAAAAUGCAAAUAUAAAAAGCUUAGAAAAAAAUGAUAUAAUAAAAUUAGAAGAUGAUAUAAAAACAUUAAAUAUAAGUAAAUAUUUAAGUGAAAUAAUUAGCUACAUUUUAAAUUUAAGUAUACAUAUAAAUAAAUAUUCUGAUAUAUUUAUUUUGGUAAAUAUUUUAAAAUAUAUUUAUCUAAAUUAUAAUAAUGUAGAUAAUUUAAUUGAAAAGUUAAUAUUUAUUAAAUUUUUUAAGCUAGAAGAAAAAGAUCAAAAUUAUUUUUUUAUUAUUUUUCAUGAUAUAUAUAAUAAUGUAGACAACCCUAAUCUUGCCACUUUAGGGGUAGAAGAAAAUUACAAUAACAAAGAUGAUAAUACAAACAAUUUAAACAAGAUUAAGAGUGAGGUUUUUAAAAAAAUGAUAUCAUAUAUUAAUAAAGAAAAUAAUGAAAAUAUUGAAAAUAUUGAAAAUCAAACUUUUUUAUUUCAAAACAAUUUUAAUGACAAAAGGAUGGAGUUUGUUUCUCUUCCUAUUUGGACCAACACAUCAAAUGACAUAAAUAGUAAAGACAAAAUAUAUUCAAAAAAUAAUUCAGAUAAAAAAUUAUAUAUUCAAGAACUUAUCAAAAAUUGUAAUAUUGUUAAGAAGAUAGAAAACCAAAAUAGGUUGAGAAAAAUAUUAUUAUGUUUAUACUUUGAAUUAGUAUUACUUAAAAUUUGUAAUAAUAAAGACAUGCUAAUAUAUAUGUUUAUAAAUAUAACAUUUUAUUCAUCUCUAAAUAUGGAUGUAAAUAGUUUAGGGAAAGAAACAGAAAAGGGACUCAAAGGGGGAUUAUCAAAAUUGGGGGUAUAUUCAUAUAAUAUGGAAAAAAAAAAUAAUGGCAAGUUAUCUGAAAUAGAUACAUUAAAUAUGAUUAAAAAGUGCUUGAGUGUUAAUACUAUAGUUGUCUAUGAUUAUUUUUUUACAAACACAAUGAGCUUAUUUAGUGAUGCCGAAAUAGCCAAAUCAGAUGCAUCUCAAAAUAAGCUAAGCUUAGACCAUAUGAAAUAUGUAAAAAAUUAUAUAAUAAAUUUUUUUAAUAUUUUUUACAAAUUCUCUAUAUACAAAAUAUUGACAUAUUUAUAUGCUGAGCAUGUAGAUAAUGAAUAUCGAAAUGGCAAUAAAAAAGUUGUAUCAAAUGAGGAUCAUUACUUUUUUAAAAUAUAUAAUAAAAGUAAAAAUUUUUGUCUUUUAUUUAGAGACUUAAAUAAGUUUAAUUUAAAUCAGAUUCAAAUAGAUGGUAUACAAUUGUUAGGGGUUGAUAAAGAUAGCUAUAAUUAUAUAAUAAAUUCAGACCGUCUAAAAAAGCAAAAUGAUGAACAAAAACAAAAAAGUAAAACACAAACUUUGCUUGAAUUGUCUAGUAAUCCAUCACUUAUUCAAAAUAACAACAUUUGUGUAGAUAGUGAAGAAAAUGAAAUAUGCUAUGAAUGGAAAAAUAUCGAGGAAAAAAAUUUUUAUACAGUUUUUCCAGAAUAUUCUAAUAUUAAUAUAAAUUUAAAUGAUGAGGAAAAUGAUGAAGAGGAUAUAAUUUUAGAAGGUAUUGAGAAUGGGGGAGAAAGUGUUUUAAAAAAAAAAAAAAAUAAACAUGAUGAGUUUGUUAAUUAUACAAAUAAAAUAAUUAAUAUGACUAAUGAAAAGGAUGUUGAGAAUAUGAUUAUGAUAUUUUUAUUAAAUUAUAAUACAAAGAAAAAAAGGAAAAUAAUUGCAACAAAACUAAUAUAUUUGAAUAAGAUUACUCUGAAUUUGAUUCCAUUUUAUUGUAGAUAUAUAGCAAUUUUAAAUAAAUAUAAUAAAGACAUUUGUUUGAUAAUAAUAGAUGAAUUAAAACGCAUUAUUGAAAAAGAUGUAAAAAAUAAAUUACCAUGUCAAAGUAAAAAAACAAAAUGUAUAAAAUAUAUAUGUGAACUAGUUAAAUUCAAACUAUUAGAUAUGUCUUAUGUAUUAGAUAUUUUAAAUUUAUUAAUAGAACAUUUUACACAAGAUCAUGUAGAAUUAUGUUUUUAUAUCUUAGAAAAUUCAUCCAUAUUAUUACUAACCAAUUCAAAGACACAUAUACGUUUUUUAUAUAUAUUACAAAAGUUGAAAAAAAUAAAAAAUACAAAAAAUAUACCAUCAUCGUUAGAAAAUGUGUUUGAAGAAUGUUGCAUUAAAGUAAAUAAUUAUUUAGUAGAGAAAACAAAAAGAAAUAAUUUCUCUUCAAAUAACACACAUUUAGAUGUAGACACUAUUAAUAAUAGAGGGGAUAAUGUUUCUAAUAAGCUAUCUAGCCAAGAUAAAAAAAAAAAAAAAUAUUUUUUAAAAAAGUUGUUACUUCAAGACAUGAAUAGUGUUGAGGAUGAAAAUGCAUAUGAGAUUUCUAAAUAUAUAAGGAAAUAUAAUUGGGAUGAAACAUUUAUAAGUCAUUUUUUAAAUAAAUAUAUUUAUAAAUAUUUAAAAUAUAUGAGUAUUAACCAAAUAAAUAAAAUAGCAUCUAUAUUAUAUUAUAUAGCAAUUUAUAAACCUGAGUUUGUAAUACAUAUUAUUGAUGAGCUGAAUGAAAAAAUUAUAAAAAAUUUUGAAGACAAUGAUUUUAAGACAUUUCCAUAUCUUAUACAAUAUGCACAUUUAUUUUCAGGAUUAUAUAUUUAUAAAACAAUAAGUUCAUCUAAUGUUUUUGAUUUAUUAUAUUUUUUACUUUCCUUUUCGGAUGCUAGUAUGUCAAAUGCUUCAAACAUUUUUGAGAUCUACAAAUUGUUUUCUCAAAAUGUGAAGUUUGUAAAAAUGAUUAAAGAUAAAGUAUUAGCAAAAAGGUUUUUACUAUCGACCGAAGAAAAUGCAGCAAUAAACACUAAACAUGUUUGUGAUUCAUUAGGUAAAGAAGUACAUGGUAGUGGGAACCCAUUCCAUUACGAUGCUGAUAUAGAAAGCUGUUCAAAAUUCUUGUUUAUAAAUAAUAAGAACCCGAUUUUAAAUAAUAUGUUGAAAGAUGAAGACAAUAGUAGUUUUAUUAAUAUUAGGAUGAUAUGCAUAAUUAUAGAAAACUGUUUUAAAUAUUUUACUAACAUUCCUUUAUUAAAGUUUAAGUUAAAUAUAUAUUUUUUAUUUUUUAUUCGAUUUUUAUUAAUAUUUGAAUCAUUACCAAUAUAUAUUAAAACAAUCACAGAUAAUAUACUAAAGCAAGGGGGUCUAACUAUGUCAUAUUUUAAAACAAUAAAAGAUGUUGAUAAUAUUUUAUUUACAAUUUUAAAUUAUAAAUAUAAAAUAUUUCAAAAUGAAAUAAAAGAGGAUCAAAAAAGUAGUGAUGAAUUGCCCUUCUUUGAUUCAGACCUCAACUUUAAACUUGACACAGUUGUAAAUUUUGUAAAUUUUGUAAAUUUUGAAAAUGGAAUGAAGAGUAAAGUUUUGAAAAAUGAGGGUGAAAAAAAUUUAGCAACCAUCCCUUCGACUAAGCAUAUAAAGGAUGGAAAGCAAAAUAAGAAUGACAAUAAAGUGACAUUAAGUGAAAAAAACACAAGUAGCAGUUUGGAAGAAUACAACAAAAUGGAUAGUGAAAUUAACCAAAUCAUAAAGGAGUCUAUAGAAGAAAAUAGAUUAACAAAAAAUAAGAUAGAUAAGUCAGGAAAUUUUAAAAAAAAAUUUUAUUUGCAAUCUUUUAUUAAGAAGGGAUCUGUCAAGUUGUGUUGA